AUGUUCUUGUAAAUAAAAUCAUAUAUAUAAUAAAUAUGUUCUUUUACUAUAAUAGUAGAUUAUCUUGUAAGUAAAAUGAAGAUAACCUAAAUUUAGAGUUCAAUAAUUCAGGUCUUAAGUACCAGAAGAACUCUUAGUUGAUUAUUUUGAUUAUUAGAACCUAAAAUUUACAAAAACUAAAAUCUAAAUCUCACUUACGACAAAUAAAGAAAUAAAAUAUAUAAGUUCUGAAGGAUCUAUUUUAAGAAUGUAAUUGAUAUUUUCAUUAAUAUGAGUGAUUAUAUUAAAGAGCCUUCAAAAAAAUAUGAUCUGAUAACUAAUUUAGAAUAGAUUCAACACCUUAAAUGGUAAGGUGAAUUUGGGAAAAAUGAUAAGAAAAUUGGAAGAUGGAUUGCAAUAUGGAAGGGCUAAACUUUAGAAGCUGUUAACAGAUGGUACUCUGAAGAUGGAUUAUAGUCAGGGCUGUAGACUGAACUAAUUAAUAAUUAUUGGAGGUAAAUUAAUUAUAAAUAUUUCAAAGUAAAGCAGACAUUUAUGUUUAUGGAGAAUAUUAUAAUUACUAAAAAUAGGGUGUUUGGAAAUUUAUUAUUUAGGAUAAUAUGAUGUAUGAAUGAAAUUUGACUUAGUGUGGGGGGUUUAUAUAAAUAUGGUUAAAAAGUUGGAAAAUGGAUAGAUUUAAAUGACAGCGUCUAGAAGUAUUGAUUUAUUAUUAAUUUAUUAGUUAGAAUUAAAUCGUUUAUAAUGGUGAAUAUAAAAAUGGUAAUAAGAUUGGUUUAUGGAAUAUUUUAUAUAAAAGUAAAGACUCUAAUUACAAAAUCAUGUAAAAUACUUUUAUUUAUUUAGUGGUGGAGGAUAAUAUGAUGAGAAUGGCUAAAAAAAUGGUAGAUGGAUAGAUUUAAAUAAUGUGUUCUGGAAGUAAUCAAUAUUUAUUUUCAUUAAUUAGUAAAAGUGAAGUAAUUUAUCAUGGUUAAUAUAAAAAUGGUUUAAAGAUUGGUAAAUGGGAUACGAAUGAUCUACAGAAUACAUAGAAUAACUAAAUAUCUUAUUCUAUAAUCUUUUGA